CUUUCCUAUUUCAAACAGCUCGCUCCCUGUCGCUGCAAACCCUCAGCGGCCCAUCGCAUCGUCUCAGGCAGCCCACUGCGACGGCAACGCCCGCGGCGAUGGAGUUUCGGCACGGUGGCUCGCCGGGAGGCGGCGGGGGCGACGGCAAGCCGCGCGAGAAGUUCUCGGUGUACCAGAACCCGUCCCUCACCCGCGCGCUCGCCUCCCGCAGCGUCCGCCCCUCCCUCCCCGUCCUCCUCCUCCUUGCGCUCUCCCCCAUCGCAUCUGCCUCAUCCCUCAUGGCCCUGUCGUCCCGGGAGGGGCAGCUGUUCAAGGUCGCUGGUGGCGCGGAUCUAUCCAUGGCUGCUGUCGUGUUUGCUGUUAGGUUGGUGGAGGCAGCUCUGGGUCUUGUCGCACUUUUGACACUGCCAGCGUUCUUCAGGGCACUGAUGCUAUACAAUGGGAGGAAGGCAUUGGCCAAGGAGGACAAGGUUGUAUUGUCCGAACGCCAACUGGGGCUUCUUGGGUUAAAGACCACAGGUUCAGAAGGAUCUCCCAUGGGUGAGCAAACCAAGAAGCCUCCCAAGGCAAAGCCAUCAACACCCUCAGAGCCAAUUGUUCCUAUCAGGAGAUCUUCGUUCAGCUAUACACCGUCACGGGUGCAACCAAGGAUUGGCUCCAGCCAUUUGAGCCCUGGUAGUGAGAGAUUGACCACAUUACAGAUGUCGCCUUCCACUCCACUACAGAAGCCUGUUUCUUCCCCUUCAACUCCAUGGUCGAGGAAAAGCUCAGGCAGCGCCAAGGGCAUACAAACCGAGGCAAUGUUGGACCAGUUCUUGGCUACCUUGGAUGAAAAUAUUGAUAAUGUCACGGAUUCAGCCUGUAAAACUGCAACCCCUCCAGCAACCAUCACAGGCUUUGGUGUUGCCAGCCCUGUCUCAGUCACCACAUCAACCACCCCUUCUGGUGCUACACGGAGCACACCUUUGAGGCCUGUGAGGAUGUCUCCUGGCUCCCAUCAGAAGUACAGCACGCCUCCGAAAAAGGGCGAGGGUGAGCUUCCACCGCCAAUGUCCCUGGAGCAGGCAGUGGAUGCCUUUGAAAAUCUCGGCGUGUAUCCUGAGAUCGAGCAGUGGCGAAACAAUCUCAGGCAGUGGUUCUCUUCAGUCUUAAUGAACCCGCUUGUCGAAAAGAUUAAAUCAAGCCAUGUCCAGGUUAAGCAAACAACAGCUAGUAUUGGAGCUUCAGUUAAUGUUAGCCAAGUUGGAAGCGAUCUGCCAAGCACGACACCACCGAUUAGCUUAUCUCCACUUGGUGGGACUAAAGAUUGGCAGCCAACUGUCACCGUUGAUGAGGAUGGUAUUCUUAAUCAAAUGCGGGGUGCACUUCUGCAGUCUCGUAAUGCUCCUGUUGCCCAAACCUUCGGUAGUCCACAACAGCCACAGUCAAACCUCCUCCUUCCAGCUAUUCAAGCAUGUAUCGAUGCAAUUACAGAGCACCAGAGGCUUAACGCUCUGAUGAAGGGAGAGCUUAUAAAAGGCUUGCUGCCACAGAGUAGCGUCCGUGCUGAUUAUACUGUUCACAGAGUUCAAGAACUUGCUGAAGGAACGUGCUUGAAGAAUUAUGAUUACAUGGGUUAUAGAGAUGGCUAUGGUAAAUCAGAGAAAAAAUGGACUAGUGAGCUGCCAACUGACUCACACCUUCUUCUCUACUUGUUUGCUGCUUUCCUUGAACAUCCAAAGUGGAUGCUUCAUGUUGAUCCAACCUCCUACUCCGGUGCCCAGUCCAGCAAAAAUCCUUUAUUUCUAGGAAUCCUUCCACCGAAAGAGAGGUUUCCGGAGAAGUAUGUUGCUUUGAUAUCUGGCGUUCCAGCAAUUAUUCACCCAGGAGCUCUUGUGCUAGCUGUGGGCAAGCAGAGUCCUCCAGUUUUUGCUCUAUACUGGGACAAGAAACUGCAGUUUUCUCUUCAGGGAAGAACAGCACUGUGGGACGCCAUUUUGCUUCUAUGCCACCAAAUCAAAGUUGGUUAUGGCGGUAUUGUCAGGGGAACCCACAUCGGGUCUUCUGCCUUGAACAUCCUUUCUGUUCUUGAUUCAGACAUGGAGAGCUGAAGAAGGGCUGUUUGCUUGCCAGGAGGGAACUGUUGUAGUACUGGUUUCUACCACCAUUAAGGAGAUUAAUUAUGACUGUCCCAGUUGCUGGUGCUACAUUGUUAUCAACACCAGCAAUGUCUUGAACUAGCCUAGUGUUAGAAUGCGAUAUGCCCUAGUCGAGGGACACCUGAAAUUUAUUACUGAGUUGUAUCUUAAAAUCACUGACUGUCCAAACUCCUCAAAUGCAAUGAUUGUGUGCCUUGAA